UACAACUUGAACUGGUGGUUCUGGAAUCCCGACCCCACGGGAGUUAACAAAUCAAGAAUUAUGCAUGAGGGCUCGAUUCACACGUCACAUACACCCCAUCCGAACUACAUCGUGUACAUGUACGUACAUUGUACAGAGAUAAGCCCAGCGCAUACGUACACACGGCUCAGCGUGCAACGUGGUGCACUUAUUCCUCCAUGACACUACCCAGUAUCGUAGAAAGGAUGUCAAAAGUUGCCUCCGAUAAAUACGCUCUGGCGGAAAACAAACCCACAGUAUAAACAGAAAUGUUUACCUUUUGUUGUCGGUGUGUUGACCUUACGGAUUAUGGACGAGAAGAUUAUGUAUGAAAGAUAAUCCUGCUUUGUUAGGCGAGUGCGAGAUCAUAUCGCUCGUCCAACUCGAGUUAUUGUUCUUGCUCAGCUCAGCGUGGUCCGGUUGGCGCAUACGCCUGCUGUUUACACGCGGCGACGAAGUGAGCUGUGCCUCGAUGUCUCGACUUUUGCCUUGACUUUUCGACUUGACAUUGCAGGAGGUGAAAUUGCACUCUUCAUAGUGUUGGCAGGCUGGGCAGGCUGGGCAGGCUGGGAGCUAUUCACAAAUUGUGAAAAUGGUGAUUCUUUAGAGUGGAUCGACUUCUCCUUGUAGGAUUCUUCAGCCGCUCUGAGUGGUCCGGAAUAUCUUGCAAGAUGGCCCACUUCAAGCAGGGAAUCCAUGUGGGUCUUGUACUGUCUACAUUACUACUAUGCACCUUGCUGCUGUACUCCUAUCACGCAUACUUGAAGUUGCCAGUCAGUAACUUUCAAAUGAGAGGUGCAAGUUCCAAGCUGGUACAGUCAAUGCAUGACAUUGCUAAGGCCAAGUUGAGAGACACCGAUAACAGAAACCAAACGAACACAAUCUCCUCGGAUGAAAUCGCGGAGGAACAUCACUGCACCCCAAGGAGGAAUAUCGUCUUCUUCAAGAUGCACAAAUGCAGCAGCAGCACCGUUCAGAAUAUUCUAUUCCGCUACGGGGAGGAGCACAAGCUGGACUUUGUCCUUCCAAAGGAGGGGAACUAUUUGGGCAACGGGCAGUAUUUGUUCGUAAGGAGCCUCAUGAUGAAAUUCCCUGUGAAAAAGUACAACGUCCUUUGUCACCACACUCGCUUCAAUUACAGAGGCAUGGCAGAGGUCAUGCAUAGUGAUGCGGUCUACACCACCAUCAUCAGAGACCCCAUCAGCAUGUUCGAAUCUCUCUUCACCUACGGCAACUUUGCUCUCGCGUACAAUCUCCCCGAAGACAAGGCGCUGGAACUCUUCCUGGAGAAACCGGAGUACUACUACGCAAUCGCUCACACUGCCGGGAAAUUGAGGGUCAGAAAUCCCAUGCUGUAUGACCUUGGUCUGGAAGAUCGCUCACUCGGAGACCCGCUCCGGAUCAAACGGAAAAUCCACCAGAUGGAAUACCAGUUUGACCUGGUUAUGAUCACGGAGUACUUCGACGAGUCCCUGAUACUUCUGCGGGACCUCUUUUGCUGGGAAAUGGACGACAUUGUGUACUUCGUCCUCAACGCCCGCAACAAGUCUUCGGUGCGGGCCGUCUCACCGAAGACGGCCGACAACAUCCGCAGGUGGAAUUUCGGGGACGUGCAGCUGUACGACGCCUUCAACAGGACAUUUUGGAAGAAAGUCGAGGCUUUUGGCCACGACAGAAUGCAACGGGAGGUGGCCGAACUGAGAAAACGGAAGGCGUAUUUUAAAGAGCACUGCAUCGCUGAUGUUGUGAGCGGCGAUGAAGGGGUAUGGCGGCCGCCCGGGAUUGACAUUGAUAGCUUCAAGCUGAAGCCUGAAGCGUCGAAGAAUAAAACAUGUGUUCGAAUGAUUCAAACUGAGCUGCCAUAUAGCGAUCAUAUUCGAAAAAUUCAAGUUCAAAGAUAUUUUAAAUCCGCUAACCAAAGAGAUUGAACUCUGUCACAAAACGUUGCCAUCCAUUUUGUUCUAUGCUUGUUUCAGUGAAACAAUUUUUUUUUUUAUAAAUAUUUACAGGUGCUGGCGAUGUCCUUUUAUGAAACUUGAGUAAAUAAGUUUAAGAGAGCUUGAUGAUUGUUCAGAUAUGCAGGGAUAAAAACAGCUUUUGCUCAAGGGGCGAGGGGGGGGGGACUGGCAUGUGCUACUUUUUCCUGAAAGAAUUUCCUUUUAUUUUGCAGCCCCAUGGUGGGGGAGUUAGACUGACUACCCCACCUAAGCUAGAUCCAUCAUUGAAGCGGAACAUACACCGUUAUUUAAGACAUUCCCAAUUUUUUUACUGAUUGAAAAAAAACAACUCGAAGAUGGUUACAGAAUACAAAGGAUCUAUUGUUAAAGGGAGCAAAAGGGGGUAUUUAGCAUUUCUUUACUCCGUUUCUAUUUAAUCCACAACUCAUGACUUAAUGAAAGUAAACUCAGAAAAUGAUUAUGUUAUAGGACAAAGAUUUACGGAAGCAACAUGUGACAAAUCUCGUUUGUGAGUUUCUGAAAAGAACCGGGGUUAGCUUGUCACAUAGUGCUACCAUAAAUCUUGAUCCUAUUUCUAUCUUCAUCAUGCAAACCUUUAGAAUUAUAUUGUUCUCACACCUUUUUUUUUUGUCAGAAGGAUCUUGACGGGAAAACAGUACUUACAAAAGAGCAUCGCCUUUUUUUUCUUCUUUUUUGUAGAACUUAACUUUACUGUGGAAAAGUGUGUGACUAUUUUGUUUUAGAAUAUUGUGUCUUAAAAUCUUCAUAUAAAAGCAAGUACUAAUUUACUUAAGACACAUGUGUGAUAUAAGUAACUGUGUCAUUGGAUUUUGUUGUACCAAAUUCUUGGUAAAUAAUUACAAACUUACACCAGCUAUGUGAAAUGCACAGUACAUGCUCAUACAAGACUGGAGAUUUUCAGUUUGUUGUAGCAGUUAAGAUGAAGUACUUGUGGUCUGAUCAAUAGAACGAUGAAAUUUUUACGUUUUAAUUUUUUUCAAGAAGCAGCUCAAGUCGUAGUCUGAUUAUCACCCGUCUGAUAUAAUUAUUUGAGCAAUGCAAAUUUUAAGUGGCCCAGCGCGCCAACCAAUCAGAGUAGACUUAAGAUAUUGUGAUGUCAUUUCGAUUUAUGAUCAAAACUGUGGACUAAAAUUAAAAAGCUGUUGAUUGGUCAAUUUGGCUGCUUUUUUUUUGUAGUACAACAACAGGUUACCGGAAACCCGAUAGAAGCGCCCGCUUAAUAGUCAGAAUCUCGAGGUCAAGACAAGUCUUGUUUUGCAUGUUUUGCUAGCAUAUCAUAGUCCCUUGCUGUGCAAGGGGAUAUUCCAUAGACUACUCGAGUCAGUGUACUGCCAAAAAAAAUGCAAGGCCUUCACUAGAUCUGUGCUUGCCAUUUUAAUUAGCUUGGUUAUAUUAAUUAGUAUGAACUUUAUAAUCGUUUUAAUUAUUGAUACAAAUUUAAAAGUAUUUUUGCAACUCCCAUAAAUUUCUUGCCAUCUUUGUUUCCCAUCGUCCCUUUCCUUUUCAAAAAGAAGGAAUUCAAAGGCCAUAAACUCACCACAAUACAUUUUCAAAUUUAGAAGCAAACCUUUUUUGCCUCAAAAUCUGUUAAGUUCUUUCACACUAUCCAAAAUUCCUGUGUUGGACCUUGGUCAUUCCGGGAAACCCGUUUAUCACAUUAGCAAGAAUCCAACACGGCUUCUAAACGGGUCCAGCACCCUAUAUAGGGGUAAAACCCAACCCUGAACAAUACCAUUGUGUACAAUAAAUUAUGAAGUACUUAUUAAAAAUGA